AUGCCAUAUAUUUAUUUUAAAAAUAAAAAAGGUUAUCGACACUGGGACUUCCCAAGCGGUCCCCCACCUUAGUACUAACCCAGCCUUAAGGCGCUUAACUUCGGAGUUCGAAUGGGAUCCGGUGUUUUCACCUUAGUAUGGCCGAUAACAAAAUUAAUAAAAUUAAUGUUAUCGACACUGGGACUUCCCAAGCGGUCCCCCACCUUAGUACUAACCCAGCCUUAAGGCGCUUAACUUCGGAGUUCGAAUGGGAUCCGGUGUUUUCACCUUAGUAUGGCCGAUAACAAAAUUAAUACAAAUUAUUGUUAUCGACACUGGGACUUCCCAAGCGGUCCCCCACCUUAGUACUAACCCAGCCUUAAGGCGCUUAACUUCGGAGUUCGAAUGGGAUCCGGUGUUUUCACCUUAGUAUGGCCGAUAACAAAAUUAAUAAAAUUAAUGUCUACUUAAAAAAUAUGA